CCGUGUUCGCAAUACUUAAAUAUAUCGUGAACGUGCGUUGAUUCGUCGCUUCGAAGGCAUGUGGAUCACCUUACACACAAUCGACGCUUAUUUUCUCAUUUUCAUUCCCUUCGUUGUGCCGUGAUUUCGUUCGAUCGGUAAUUUCGACGGUAAUUUCACCAGGAAAUACGACGGAAACUCGUACCAUCCUCCGGUGGGCGUACCAUGGCUCCGCGACACCGGAACUACCGUUCUCUUCCGUUAUCCUAAACGAUAUUUUUUACGUGAUUUAUUAUAUUUCAUAAGUUCGUUAGAAAUAACGCGGACGGAACUAUCCACUUUUUAAAACAAUUUAUUAUAACCACGAGUGUUUUCUAAGACAAGUGGAGGUGCUUCCGAGUAUAUUUUCUUUGAUAUCUCGGAGACGCCGCUAUUUAAAUAAUAUAUCAACAUAGGACAUUUGUACACCUACGUGAUACACGACAUUUUUCUCCUGCCUAAUAGCGUUCGAAGAAUAAUUGCGAUACUUGGAUUAACGUUGAAUGAUACACGAUGAUUCAUUUCGCAUCGUAAUCGAUAUUGUUGCCCGAGUGAAGUGUAAGAAACACACGAGGUGUACGGUUUAAUAGCACAAUCGAUGCGAUAAAAUCCUUAGAAUCAAGAGAUUCGCGAUAACGACCGAUAACCGAGCGUAGUAGAAAUUUUCGCACGAUAAAGAUCGACCCGUGUAUCUGAACGUUUAACCAUCUUUGUAAUGAAAACAAAUAUUCGAAGAAGUUAGUUUUCCUGAUGGUCCCGUUGGACGAUUAAACGUGAUCCGAUUAAAUAUCGAUUGGAAUUAGCGAGUGGAACGUGUACCGGUUCGUCUGUUUAAACGUCGAUAUCAAUACUUUACGAAGCGGUAGCCGAAAACGUAACGGACGUCAAACGAGGUGGCGGGACUUGAUCGAUGAUCGAGGAUCGUGUCGCGAGUGCGAGUUCUGACCACUGGUGUGAUUAAUAAAAUAAACGUAGGAUCGUUAAAAUGUCAACCCCGGCAGCGUCGCGACGUCGCCUGAACCCAGCGGUUCUUGCCAGAUAUAAUAGCCAGCUGGCCAAUUCCUCUCAACAGACAGGAUCAAGAUACGUAGAAGCUGAAGGGAAGGGAAGAGAGGAGAAGAGAAUUGGUGGCAAGGAAGAAUCACGCGACAUCGUGGAAAUGUCGACUGAAAACCAAAACGGUUCCGCCGGCACACAGAGUAACGGCAUAAAGACUUCGAUCACCGUCUCCUCGUCCGCUAGGACCGUAUCGAACAAUUCGUCGUUUUUGUACAGCAGUAAUUCGAUGUUGAACCGUGAGAAACCGCGUCAAGUGCCACCACCAACAUUGCCGAAAUACACGUCCAGCUUUAACGCCGGUUCCAAUGGCAGCGGCACGACCGACCGAUUGAAUAGAGAUCGCGAAGUCGGAGGUAGUUACAGACUGGCAAGCCUCGAUAGAAUUGCCCUCAGGCAGAGGAUACUGGACGGGGAAAAGGCGAACGGCGAUGCUACGUCGAUACAGGCGAAGCGCGAGCUGUUCUUCAAAGGCGACAAUACUGGAAUAAUAUCAUCGCCGUCUGUACCGUCGGUACCACCGCCUCAACCACCGUCACAGGUUCCACCGUCGGUGAGCACGUCAUCAACGACAGCCACGACGACCACGACUCUCGCCUCGCCUAAUACAGCACCGCCAGCCUCUUCGACCGUGUACACCAGUGUCACAUCAACGGCGCCUACCUCGAAGCCACGAUUAUAUCCGUCCACGGGGAUUUUGAAUCAAAACGAUGCAUCGGAGGACAGCAAUAAACGGGAGUCGAACAGGAGCGAUAACAACAAAGAGGCUACUGUCCUCCAUCAUCCACGAUCAACGCCAUUGACUAAACCAAAAGAACUCGAUGGAUACGUAGGAUUCGCGAAUCUACCAAAUCAAGUCUAUAGAAAGGCCGUUAAGAAGGGCUUUGAUUUUACUCUAAUGGUCGUCGGUGAGUCAGGAUUAGGAAAAUCAACUUUAAUCAAUUCAAUGUUCCUCUCCGAUAUAUACAGUGCCGAGUAUCCUGGUCCUAGUCUUAGGGUUAAAAAAACCGUAGCCGUAGAGACUAGCAAAGUAUUAUUGAAAGAGAACGGCGUCAAUCUGACGUUGACGGUCGUUGAUACACCUGGAUUCGGUGAUGCAGUUGACAACAGCAAUUGCUGGGUACCAGUGAUCGAGUAUAUCGAAUCAAAAUACGAGGAGUUCCUUAACGCCGAGUCUCGUGUAGUAAGACGGCAGAUCUCAGACAGUCGAGUACACUGUUGUCUCUACUUCGUUGCACCCUCGGGCCAUGGUUUGAAACCGUUGGACGUCGAGUUCAUGCAGCGUCUUCACGACAAAGUAAACAUCAUACCCGUAAUCGCGAAGGCUGACACAAUGACGCCAGACGAAUGUGCUCAUUUUAAAAAACAGAUACUGAAUGAGAUAGCGCAACAUAAGAUUGAAAUUUACAAAUUCCCAGAAGCGAAAGAUGAAGAGGAAAAUAAUUUGCAUAAAGUUCUUAGAGAUAGAGUACCGUUUGCGGUGGUGGGCGCAAAUACCGUGGUCGAACAAGAUGGAAGGAAAGUACGUGGAAGAAAAUAUCCAUGGGGCAUCGCUGAAGUGGAGAAUUUGGAACAUUGCGAUUUCAUAGCCCUACGAAAUAUGGUGAUUAGAACGCAUUUGCAAGAUUUGAAAGACGUUACAAAUAAUGUACAUUAUGAGAAUUUCCGAUGUCGCACAUUGGCGGGCGUUGGAGUAGAUGGAAAGCCAACAAAAGUUUCCAAUAAUUUGUGCCCCCCAGGAGUGAUGAACAGUUUCAUGACGGUGUGGAAUCCGCUGGCUCAGUUAGAAGAAGAGAAGAGAGAACAUGAUAAUAAAAUGAAGAAAAUGGAAAUCGAUAUGGAACAAGUAUUUGAAAUGAAAGUCAGAGAAAAGAAACAAAAGCUUAAAGAUUCGGAAGCAGACUUGCAAAGAAGGCAUGAACAGAUGCGGCGUUCUUUGGAGCAGCAGGUGCGUGAAUUAGAAGAUAAGAGGCGAGCGUUUGAAGCUGAAAAGUUGGCAUGGGAACAACAGACUGGACACAGUAUCGAAGAAUUACGUAGGCGCAGUCUAGAAGCGAAUUCAAAAGAGACCGUUGAUGGUAAGGAUAAGAAGAAUAAGAAGAAAGGACUCUUCUAACUCGACUCCAGAACGACGACAUGAAGAGUAAACUUUUCUUGAUGCAGUAAGCAACGAUUCUUCUUAAAAAUGAUCAUAUCAGACGUGUGAUCGUUUUAAGAAAAAUUGAAAAGAAAUUAAUGAAAAGUAUUUGCAUUUAAUAAAUUUACUAGUAAUCUCCUGAACUACUCCAAAUCUAAUUUUUUUACUAUAAUAAUUUAACAUUGAUUUAUAUUGAUAUCAUUAUGACUGAUAUGUACAGUACUCGAUGAAAUAUAUUUUAUGAUUUUUGAAUUUCAUAAUAAUACGCUUUUGUAAUCAUUUAAAGAUCAAGAGUGUAGUUCAGGCGAUCGAUUAAUGAAUCAAAAGACAAGAAAUGAAUAUAUGUUGCUUAAAUUACGCGGUUGAUGUGUAUACUGUGUAUAUCACUCCACGUUUGUACGACUUCCUCAUUUGACAAUGCAUAAACCUCACAGUUUCAGGAGUGAGGUGAAAGAGUGUUUCUUCUAUCGUGUUCUCGCCUGUGCUUCUUUGCGCUUCCUAUUAUUAAUAUACAAGAAAAUUAUACUAGCAUAAUUUGACUUACUCUUGUAAAAUUAUGUGUGCUGUAAAUUUGAGCACUGUUGCGGGAUCGCAUUAUAAAGAAUAAGAACCUCUUUCUACGAAAAUUGUACACAUAAAAAUAAAAAGUGCGAUACAUUUAUCGACCUAAUUAGGCGAGAAAAGUCUCUGUGUCUAGAGAUAGCAAUAAAUUGUAUCAGUGUUUAAAUAUUCUUUCGUAUCGCGUUCGAGGCGUUGUUAAAUAAGCGACUAAAGGUGAGUGCAUUUAAUUAUAAAAUGACGUCUGCAAACAGAAGAAAAAUUGUACAAAAAAGGUUUUUUUUUUACGUCAAUCAUGUUUCUUUCCGUUAUUCGCUUAACACGGGUAACGUAAUAAUGAAUCAAUUCAAAAAUACGAGGAAAAACAAUAUCGAAAAUAUAUUAUCUCUAAUUGAUAUUUUGUUCAACAACUCAAUACAUCAUUUUACGAGGGGUGGUUGGAUGUGAUUUUAAAUGAAGCAGUGGCCAUAUAUAUAUAUAUAUAAAUAUAUAUUUAUGUAUAAAUAAAAUCGAGGAGAUUUUAAGGAUAAGUCCAAUUCGUGUAAAUUUAAGUUGUACCGAUAGUAACGCAAAUUCGACUACGAGUAAGAAUAAUUUGUAUAAAUAAAUGUGUUGGAUCGUUGUGAUUCGAGACAGUGCGCCACAAUGUCGUUUCCUUCGCUAUGAAAUCGUAAUCUAUAAAUCUUCUAUUAACAAUAGGUUAAUUAUUAAUGAAAUCAUGCGUGAACUCAAGAAUAACGUAACCUGAAUAAUGCAUAAUUAUAAAAAAGAAAGAAAAAAAAAAAAAUGCUAACCGCAUCGUCUCGAAUCCGCCCAAGUAUACGUUGUUAUUAGCAAACAAGAAUGGGCAAGCGCUCCAAAUAAUCGGUUCCUUCAACUUUAUUUGUUUUCCUUUUCCGGCUGCCUAUUUUAAUACCGAAUCCCAUGCACGAGGAUUUUUCUGUUAGAUUUAAGAUCUUUGGAAGGGAGAAACGUUUGCCCAGUCUUGGAACCCUUAUUUCUAAGGUAAUUGUGUGCCAAGUCCAGAGAAAUAAGCAUUUUAUAUAAUACGCUAAUACGUGAUUCUCGAUUACUGUAAAAUAAGAAAAUUCGUACGGUUUCUUUGAAACACGAGUCGAAGGGAAAGGAACUUGGUGUUAAGUUGUCGAGAAGAACCACGUGUUACAUUCCUAUUUUGUACGCAUUUUUCUAGGUGAAACCAUCGGCGUAGUUAGGUGGGGGCCAUGGUGGACUUGGACCUUCCCGUCCCUAGACAGAAGUCCUAAUUACGCCAAUGGGUAAACGCAUCAGUACGAUCUUUGCCGUCACUGAUAAUUCAUUGUAAAGCUCAAGCUAAUCCCGUCAGUGAUUCGGAAAGUGUGCUAGAAAAAAAAAAAGAAAAAAGAACAAAAAGAAUAAGAAAAAAGCUAUGAUAUACAUAUAGAACAAUUUAUACUCGAAAAUCAGUGAAAAAAAGCAGCAAACUUUUCGAAGUAUCGACGCAUUUGAGUGAAUCGUUCGAAUUGGAACAUUUCGAACACGAGCUUUCGAUGCUGGACAGUAACGAGUAUCUUUCAGGGACCGGACAACUAUAGCGAGGAUCGAACGUUUCGCAUUUCUCUGCACUGAUACUAUUAAGCUCAAUUAUUAAAGGUGGUAUAACAUUCAUCUGGGCUACGAUAUUUUAGUCUAAAGAACAGCAAGGAGACAGAAUGCUACUCGCAUAUUUUAAAACAAGAGGCCCCCUUUCUCCCCGUAUAAAUUGAGUUCACAGAAGAAAGUCUUAGAUUAACUGAUCCAAGGCUCUCGGUUUUUUUUUAUAAAUAUCCUAUUGGAAGAUGUCGAGACGCAUACAUCUGAAGUACAAAGGUAUUAUAGCAAAGAUCAUCUUCGAGGAAUAAAUAUGCAUUCAAAGUCACAUUAACGCGGGAAUCUUCGCAACGGUAUGCAAAGACAAAGGAAAUCGAUGUGGUUCGUGUACUUAAAUUCAAUAUUAAUUUGGUCUCGCGAUCAAUGUUAACCAGUUACGAAUGGGAUUGAAAUGAACGCGAUUAAACGGAUGAAACGUUCAAGAACAAGUUAGUCAGAAUGCUGAAGAUUUUUACAGGAAUCCGAAUACUAAGAUUGUAACGAGUUGAAACGUUUGAAGGCACUUUGUAAGAUUGUGUCAUAGAAGGAAUUACAUUCACGAUUUCUCAACUUUAAUAUCUUUCAGUGACGACAAAAAAGAGAAGGAAAGGAAUAGUUUAUCUCUCAUUGUAACAAUUUUAUCUGAUUGUGAAUGUAAAGGGAAGAAGAAGAAGAAAAAGAAUGAGAAACCCAUAUACGAAUUAUGCUUAGUUUACAGAAUGAAACUGUUUGUACGUUUCAGUGUUAUAUCGUGUAGCUGUGUAAGAUAUGGAAAAUCGUCGAAACAGAAGUGUAUCGAUUACUGUAUGUAUGUAUGUGUACUUUAACCAGCGAUGCUUACGAUAUUACAAUAGUUAUUAAUUGUCAUAGAUUGCGUGAAAUGAGAUGUAUCAGUGUGUUAAAGAAGGAAAACAAGAACAAAAAAAAAAAAGAAAGAAGAAAGGUAAGGCGAGAAUAGAUUAAAAAUAAAAACAGACGAAAACAAAAAAUUAUAUUUUGCCGUGCCAGACGAAAACAAAGCUGCCGCCGCUAACUUGUAGAACACGUUGUAAUAAUAAUAAUAAUAUUCACGAAA